AUGCCGAUUCGCCCUCUCGAUGAAUGGGCCGUUGGCCGCACCCAGUCCCUGCCACUCUCCGCGUUGAAAGGCGCCGUCAUCGGUAUCGACGCAUCGCACUACAUCCACCAACACCUCGUCAAUCAGUCAACCCGAGAGGCCCUUCUCGGCGCACUAGGCGGAUUCCCGUUCGCCCUGAGAGCCAACAUCGAGAAGGAAUUGCAGACUUUCAAGAACCUCGGCGUCGCCUGCAUCUUCGUCUUCAAUGGUUUGACAUUCGGCAAGAGGGAGCAGCGCGCCCAACCCGCCGCGUCGCGCUCGUUCCAACAAGCCUGGGACCUUUAUGACCAGCAACAGGCAGACCAGGUCGUGGAUGCUUUCAGCAGUGCCGGUAUGAUUACAGACCCAGUUUUCUACGUCACCCCGAUGACAGACUCCUCUGGAAGCACAUACUAUUAUUGGACCCAGCAAGACGACCCGAUUGCUGACAGUUGGGUAUUAUCAGGCACCCCGCCCCCGGAGACACUCUUCAGAUUCCUGCAACGGAUCUUGUUCCAAAACGGAGUUGAAUUCAUCGUAGCACCAUACAGCGCUGUGGCUGAGCUCUCUUACCUUGCCCGCGGUAAUAAUCCUGUGGUCGAUGCUGUUUUUGGCCCCUCCGAAGCUCUUUUAUUCGACCUCGAUAAGCUGGUGACCCGUAUCGACACCGAGCCCGCGCAAUUCUUCUGGAUCACAAAACAAACCUGUCAGGAGGAGUUGGGACGCCUCUCAAAUGAACAAUUCUUGGAAUUUUGCUUGUUGCUGGGUUCUCCAUUCCUGCGCGCUCUCCCGCUUUUCGACAAUCCGGCCUUCCCAGGGAAAGGCCCCACCGUUCGUGAUGCGUUGCCGAUGUUCAACGCAGCGGGGCGCAGUGCCUUGACACUGUGUGCUCAAUAUGAAGAGGACCGCCGUAUGCAGGAACUCCAGUACGCAGACUUGUACAAGCGCGCGUAUAUGAUCGUGAAGCACCAUGUCUACCUUGACAUCGAGGGUCGUGUUGGCCCCAUGGACCCAGAGAAUACCUCGUCAGAUAUGCAUGAGCUUAUCGGACAGCGCCUACCAGAGGAGCUGUACUUCUAUAUCUCGAAAGGCAUUAUUGGCGCCGAUGUACCGAACUUCCUUACCACGGGUGAAGUUCGCCUCUCGCUACCGCUUGGCACCGAAGACACAGAGAUCUAUCGCCAGCUCGUGGGUGAUAUUCUGACGCCCAUUCGCACUCAGUCCAUUUGUCUUUUGGCAAACUCACUUCACCGUUUCUACCAAACGAAAGUGAUCAAGAUCCGUCCUUGGUUCGAUGAGAACUCGGACAGUCGAUUCGUCGAACUAAAGAACCUUCCGUCCGUCAAAGAGACCAUUGUGCGUUGGAGAAUUCAUGGGGAAAAUCUCCCCGAGAGUGUCAAGAAGAUCCAAGCGCCUCGUGGAUCCUUCAAAUUUGCCGUUCAGAGCUUGAACGACCCUGAGUUUGCGUCUAAGUCGUUUGCUAAUAGAGAGACACCUGCCCUGUCAUCACAGGAUGAUAUAUUGUCCAAUGUUAUGUGGCGAUUCCUGCAACUGCGUGGAUACGCGGACGAGAAGCACCAGCUCACUUCGUGGGGCCAGUGUUUAGUGCAGGCAUUCUCAGCGGUCGAUACUGCAGACAACCUUGAGGAGUCAAUCUUCAUUGCCAUCGAGAUGAUCCGCCUGGGUCUUCUCAACACAAAGCAGUGGUUCUCACAUGUGUCCGGAGGUCCUAUGCGAGGAUCGGACAACGACAAGUCUUUCAACAUGCUCAUCUCCCGCCUUGCAUGUGUGGCCAAGUUGCAGCACAAGAGCAUUGGUUACUCCGGGCCCCUGAGCCGUCAACUUCUUUGCUACCGGUCUUUGAUUUCUGAGGUUCGCUCUACAUUAAGGAACCUGAUCGAGGUGGUACUGGCGAGUAUGCUCCUCAGUUCAGACGCCGAUCGGGACCGUAAUGACUGGACUGAGAUGGGUAUCAAGCUUCCGUUUAUUGACGAUAAUGAUUGUGGGCUUGGAAUUGCGGUCCGAACCUACCUUGACGACCUUCCUCUACAGGCAAAUCCCACCUCGCCCGAGGCUCGUUCCGAUGUGAAGGCGAAGGGCAAGGAAUGGUUCCAGCACAGCGAAAGCUUUACUGGAAACCUGGAUUUGGCUUUCAAGCUUUGGGAUGCGGUCUACGCAGGUACACAGGGUGCUGGUAAGGAGUUCAAGGAGGCCAAGUUUUGGGAUGAGGCGAACAAGUGGUUGGCAGAGAGACGAUGA